AUGGCUGCACUUGGUCUUGCUGCCACGGUGGUGGUGGCAGUGGUGGUUCUGGCUCUGGCUCUGGCUGCCGACGGCGUGGCGAGUGAGUACGGGCAGGCGCUGGAGGCAGCCGACGCGCUACUGGAGGCGGGCGAGGCGGCGGCGGCGGCAGAGGCGUAUCAGGCACUGGAUGAGGAUGAAGGUAGUUGGGCCUAUCGACGGUGGGCAAACCAGGCGCUGGCACUGGCUACCAUCCACGCUUAUCGGCCUGCGCUUCUGGCCGCCCAUCGGGCGGCGGCCAUCAACGCCACGCUUGAUCUGGCCUUUCUCUCGGGCUUUCUGCACUUGAUGGAGGGCGAGGCCGAGGAGGCUGUCCGCCUCCUCUCGGAAGCCACCAAGAUUGAUGCCUCUCGCGGCAACGGGUGGCUUUAUCUGGGCAACGCUCACGAGGCGCUCGGCCAGCACGCGCUGGCCAAGAAGGCCUAUGCCCACGCCUGGCGCCUGCUCAAGUCGCGCAAGGCGCUGCGCGCGCUCGGCUUUGCCUACCGUGCGCUUGGCAAGCCCGCCCUCGAAGAACGGCUGUACGCUACCGCUGUCGACGAGGGCGUCCUGGUCAAUGCCCGUCAGCGCCCGGAUCUACUCACGCCUGGCCUCGAUGCCACGCCUUGGCAUGCCAACAGCGAGUUUGCAUGGAUGCCAGCGCUCGAAGCCGCGCUGCCCAUAAUGCGUGCCGAGCUCGACGCUGUCCUUGCUGCCGAUCCGGACCGGCUCGCCGCUCCGUUCCACCUAGUGGGCACCGGCGGCAAGUUUGCCCACGACCGCGCGCUCUACUCUGCAUCGGGCAAGGCCUGGCACCAGAUUGUGCUGUUUGAGCCUGGCGAGCCCGGGCCGGGCGCAUCAUUCUUUCCCAACACCGUCGCGGCACUCUCGGCCACCAUUCCGCAUGCGCUCUCGUACGGCCGGGUCGUCAUUUCGCUCAUCGAGCCAGGCGUUCGCAUCGUGCCACAUUGCGGCCCGACCAACGAGCGGCUCACCGUCCACUGCGGGCUGCGAGUCCCGAGCCACUUGGCGGUUCCACCGGCCAUUGUCGUUGGCGGCGUCGAGCGCCCUUGGCGUGAGGACAGCUGUUUUGUCUUUGACGACUCGUUCGAGCACGAGGUCUCGUUCCCGAUCCCAUCCGAUGCCGAGGCCGAUGCGCUACGCGCGGUCCUCCUCUUCCACAUCGAGCACCCUGGGGUGGCUGCAGCGAGGGACGCCAUCGCACACGUGUCUGAGGAUGAGUGGCUUCGCCGCCAGUUUGGCGCCUCGUAGCUGCUAAAGACAAAGCUCUCGCGGCUGUGGCAAGCACUGCUGUGUUUGUCCCUUUACGG